UCUGUCAUGAUGAAUUCUGUUUUGCAGAUGAAUACAGAAGAGAAUUCCUUCCAGACGUUGUUCUGUUUUGCGAAUGUCGCAGCAACAAGAACAGAAAAAAAUUGGAAGGCAAUUCGAUCAACAUCUACCACCUUCAACGUGCUAGAUUUUGGCGCCAAUGGCAAUGGGAACACUGAUGAUACGAAGGCAUUCCAAGAUGCAUGGGCAGCUUCAUGCAACGUGGAGGCAUCAACGAUGGUGGUUCCUGCAAACCAUGUCUUCCUUGUUGGGCCCAUCUCGUUUGUGGGUGAACACUGUCAAGAAAACAUUAUACUCCAGCUAGACGGGACGGUAGUUGCUCCGACGGAUCCCCAGGUUUGGGGUGGCGAGCAUUGGCUUCACUUCGACAAGCUGAGUCGCUUCACAUUGCAAGGAAGCGGAACCAUCGACGGCCGAGGCCCCGUUUGGUGGCGCCGCUCACGUUCAAUGCCCCGGAACAAACCGACCGCAAUGAAAUUCGAUCACUGUCUCAAUGUCACGUUCAGCGGCAUCAAGAUCCAGAACAGCCCAAACUUCCACCUCACGUUCGACCACAGCGUCGGCGUUCUCGUGCGCGACAUGAGCAUUUCGUCCCCGGGCGACAGCCCCAACACUGAUGGGAUCCACCUUGGGAACUCCCAAGACGUGACGAUCCACGAUGCUACUCUCGCCUGCGGGGACGACUGCAUUUCGAUCGUCAGCGGAUGUUCCAACAUUCACAUACACGAUGUGCACUGCGGUCCGGGGCACGGGAUCAGCAUCGGAAGCCUAGGAAAAGACCACUCUAAAGCAUGUGUGCACAACAUCACCGUUGAAGACGUCGAUCUGCAAGGGACAACGAACGGCGUUAGGAUAAAAUCGUGGCAGGGUGGGUCAGGAUCCGUUUAUGGAGUGAAGUUUUCAAACAUUCGAGUCUCCGAGGUCCGAUGGCCCAUCAUCAUCGACCAGUACUACUGCGAUCACGCGACGUGCACGAACCAGUCAUCGGCCGUGGCGGUGCGAGACGUCGCUUACGAGCACGUCUCAGGGACGUACACGGAGAGGCCAGUGGACUUGGCUUGCAGCGACAGCGUGCCUUGCGAGGAAAUCACCCUGUCGGCGAUAGACUUGAGGCCAUCAUCGCAGAAGCCCCCCUCUCAUGACGACGGCCCCUUCUGCUGGCAGACCUUCGGGCAGCUGACCACGCCGAUCUCCCCGCCAAUCGACUGUGUGCAGAUCGGGAGGCGGUCUAGCAACGGGAUUGGGUCGGGUCAAGACUCAUGUUAG